UUCCCAUUCUCCUCACCACCUCCCUCGAGAAGUCGUCAAGUCGAGAGCUCGAGAUCCUUCUCCCAAACACUUCCACGGUUCCACCGCCCGACCGCCGCGCGCCACCCUCCAUGGAGCCCGCGCCCCUUGCGUCGCUGCAGGAGGAGGGCGAGGGGGAGCCCGACGAGUCGCCGUCCUCCUCCGCCUUCUCCGCCGACGCCGUGCCGCCCCGCCCCGCCACGCACCACUCGCUCCACAAGUACGCGCCGCUGGACUGGUCAGCCUACUUCGACGAGGAGCGCCGCGUCGCCGUCCCCGACACCGAAGACGUUUUCAAUGUGUACACUGCCGGAUCCGAGGGGCCUGUCGUGUUCUGCCUGCAUGGAGGCGGCUACUCCGGGCUUUCCUUUGCUCUAGCAGCAAGUCGAAUGAAGGAAAAGGCCCGUGUUGUUUCUAUGGAUCUUCGAGGGCAUGGAAAAUCAACCACAAGUGAUGAUUCGGAUUUGUCCAUUGAAACUCUUAGCGGUGAUGUCAUAGCUGUUUUACACACAUUGUAUGGAGACUCCCCACCAGCCAUUAUGCUUGUUGGGCAUAGCAUGGGCGGUUCUGUGGCUGUACAUGUGGCCGCGAGGAAAGUUAUUUGCAAUCUUCACGGUCUUGUUGUUGUUGAUGUAGUUGAGGGAACGGCAAUGGCUUCAUUGGUUCAUAUGCAGAAGAUCUUAACAAAUCGAGCACAACACUUCCCUAGUAUUGAAAAAGCAAUUGAAUGGAGUGUCAAAGGUGGGCCACUCAGGAACAUUGAUUCUGCUCGUGUUUCGAUCCCAUCUACCUUGAAAUAUGAUGAAUCAAGGAACUGCUAUACAUAUCGCACUCCUCUUGAGGAAACAGAAAAAUACUGGAAAGGAUGGUAUGAAGGUCUUUCCGAAAAGUUCUUGUCUUGUCCAGUGCAAAAGAUCCUAUUAUUAGCUGGCACCGAUAGGUUGGACAGAGCUUUAACAAUUGGUCAAAUGCAAGGGAAGUUUCAAAUGGUGGUGGUUCGACACACUGGACAUGCCAUACAGGAAGAUGUACCUGAAGAAUUUGCAUCGUACAUACUGAAUUUCAUAGCUCGCAACAAAAUAGGUCCAAAUGGUGUUGAGAUUCCGGGACUGAUUAAAAAAUGGCAGCAUUAGACAGAACGUACCCUGCGUUCCAUUGUAGACAGCUUUUAGAAAAAAAAAGACGAGGCUUCUAUCUCUACCGUAUUACCAUAUUUUUCCACGAGAAAAGAACUUCUUCAGAAAGGUUCAGGAUGUCAUAGGCACGAGCGAUCUUAGGCUUUAGCACUUUGUUGCCACUCGCCUUGAUGCAUGGCAUGAUUGAUUUUUUUGUGACAUGGUUUGCGAGUUCCUUCUAUGGCAGGUUGUUCUGUGAAUAAAAUCGAGUCAUUGGGUGCUUUCAAA